AUGUCUUUGACUUCUGAUGCCACAGCAGCAACCAUCAAGUUCGUGAUUGGACUUGGUCUGGCAAACUAUACGGCAUUUGCAACCAUGCCAGAGACCAUGAUGCAAAAGCUCCAGGCGCCCACAGGAUCGUACAAUACUUACAUCUUCGGACUCCUGGCAACAUCAGGCCUUACCUACUACAUAUUUUUGGGGUCCCUAGUUUUUGGUCUGACAGAAGAUUGGACGGUAGCAGGGUCGUUAUCCCUGGCACCGUGGAUAUUACUCAAGGCGUCCAACUUGGUGACCAAAAAGGCCACAAAGGUGGGGUAUCCCAUGAAAAGCGACAUCUACCCCUUGACUUAUGCGCUGGCAACUACUGCUGCAUGCUGCUUAGCCCGAAGCUCGCCUAUUACCGAACGGCUCUCUACUGGAUUUGCUUAUUUGCUAGUCCUCAGCGGCACCAGUGCUACUAUUGCUCCAUCCAACUUGUGCAAAGCCUGGGGAGGGUCACUGGAGGAGAUGCUCAAAGCAGAGCCGGUGAUAUUGACAUCUUUGCGUUCCCAUGGUUUGGGGAUGGUCAGAACUGGCAGCGCUGUCCUGGCUGUUGGGAACUAUGGUAUGCCAGUGGCUCAAGCAUUUGGGUAUACCUCAUUCUUGACUCUGGCAAUGAUGGCGGUUCCCAAGCUCGAGCUCUCAGAAAAGAAGAAACUGAGCAACGGCAUUUUGGUCUUUGGAGCGCUGCAUUUGAUGGUGAUUGUGGCGACCCUUUAUGUUUAG